UAAAGUGUAUGGACUUCCUGCUGUCUUCUUCUUCUACAGGUCAUCUAAAGUGUAUGGACUUCCUGAUGUCUUCUUCUACUACUGGUCAUCUAAAGUGACAACAUGAGUGGAGAGAAGGAAACGUUGUUGGAUGAAAUCGAACAGAGUUUACACCGUCUAACCAAGGAUAAUUUACGAUACCUGUGUGAACGCUGUGGAAUUGAUGGCUCCCAAGUUAAAGGAAAGAACCAUCGCUCGUUACGACGUAAAAUCAUGGAGGAAAUGUGGGAAAAUGCAGAUUCGGUGAAAUCGGAAGAGCAGGGAAUGUCUUGGUUACUCCAACUGAAAGAGGACAUCAGAAAGAUACAGGAAGAAUCUAGUGUGGCACCCAUGAGUCUCAGACAGUCUGAUGAUGACGAAGCGGGGGACAGCCCUAACGGUCGCUCACUCAGUGGGAAGGGUUUAUCAUCUGGGAAGGCUCCAGGGUUGAAAGGGAUCCAGCGACCUUAUAGCUGUGAUGUGUGUAAGAAGACUUUCACUCAGUCAGUAAACCUACAAAGACACCAAAGAGUACACACUGGAGAGAAACCUUACAGCUGUGAUCAUUGUGGGAAGAGUUUUGCUCGUUUGGGAGCCCUGACUAUUCACAAGCGUGUACACACUGGAGAGAAACCUUACAGCUGUGAUCAAUGUGGGAGGAGCUGCAAAGAUACCACAGCCCUGAAUGAACACAUGCGUACACACACAGGAGAGAAACCCUUUGGCUGCUAUGUCUGUGGAAUUAGUUUUUCUCGACAAAGCAACCUGAAUGUACACAUGCGUACACACACAGGAGAGAAGCCUUACAUCUGUGAUCAAUGUGGGAAGAGAUAUACUCAUGCAGGUGAAUUGACAAAACACAUAUGUGCGCACACUGGAGAGAAACCUUACAGCUGUGACCAGUGUGGGAAGAGCUUCACUCGGUCAACAGACCUGACUAAACACAGACGCAUUCACACCAGAGAGAAACCCUACAGCUGUGACCAGUGUGGGAAGAGAUUCACUCAGUCAGGACUGCUGACUGUACACAAGAGAACACACACUGGAGAGAAACCGUAUAGCUGUGAUCUAUGUGGGAAGCGAUUCGCUCAGUCAGGAAACCUGAAGAGUCAUCAGAAAACCCACACAGGCGGAGAGAGAACCGAAACAGGAGGAGAGAGAACCGAGACCAGAGGAGAGCGAACCGAGACCGGAGGAGAGCGAACCGAGACCGGAGGAGAGCGAACCGAGACC